AUCACUAACAUACAUACAGGUAACUACAGCAACCAUGCUGACUCCAUCACUAACAACAUACAGGUAACUACAGCAACCAUGCUGACGCCAUCACUAACAACAUACAUACAGGUAACUACAGCAACCAUGCUGACUCCAUCACUAACAACAUACAUACAGGUAACUACAGCAACCAUGCUGACUCCAUCACUAACAACAUACAUACAUGUAACUACAGCAACCAUUCUGACGCCAUCACUAACAACAUACAUACAGGUAACUACAGCAACCAUGCUGACUCCAUCACUAACAACAUACAUACAGGUAACUACAGCAACCACGCUGACUCCAUCACUAACAACAUACAUACAGGUAACUACAGCAACCAUGCUGACUCCAUCACUAACAACAUACAUACAGGUAACUACAGCAACCAUUCUGACUCCAUCACUAACAUACAUACAGGUAACUACAGCAACCAUGCUGACUCCAUCACUAACAACAUACAUACAGGUAACUACAGCAACCAUUCUGACGCCAUCACUAACAACAUACAUACAGGUAACUACAGCAACCAUGCUGACUCCAUCACUAACAACAUACAUACAGGUAACUACAGCAACCAUGCUGACUCCAUCACUAACAACAUACAUACAGGUAACUACAGCAACCAUUCUGACUCCAUCACUAACAUACAUACAGGUAACUACAGCAACCAUGCUGACUCCAUCACUAACAACAUACAUACAGGUAACUACAGCAACCAUUCUGACGCCAUCACUAACAACAUACAUACAGGUAACUACAGCAACCACGCUGACUCCAUCACUAACAACAUACAUACAGGUAACUACAGCAACCACGCUGACUCCAUCACUAACAACAUACAUACAGGUAACUACAGCAACCAUGCUGACUCCAUCACUAACAACAUACAUACAGGUAACUACAGCAACCAUUCUGACUCCAUCACUAACAUACAUACAGGUAACUACAGCAACCGUGCUGACUCCAUCACUAACAACAUACAGGUAACUACAGCAACCAUUCUGACUCCAUCACUAACAACAUACAGGUAACUACAGCAACCAUGCUGACUCCUUCACUAACAACAUACAGGUAACUACAGCAACCAUUCUGACUCCAUCACUAACAACAUACAGGUAACUACAGCAACCAUUCUGACUCCAUCACUAACAACAUACAGGUAACUACAGCAACCAUGCUGACUCCUUCACUAACAACAUACAGGUAACUACAGCAACCAUUCUGACUCCAUCACUAACAACAUACAGGUAACUACAGCAACCAUUCUGACGCCAUCACUAACAACAUACAUACAGGUAACUACAGCAACCAUGCUGACUCCAUCACUAACAACAUACAUACAGGUAACUACAGCAACCACGCUGACUCCAUCACUAACAACAUACAUACAGGUAACUACAGCAACCAUGCUGACUCCAUCACUAACAACAUACAUACAGGUAACUACAGCAACCAUUCUGACUCCAUCACUAACAUACAUACAGGUAACUACAGCAACCAUGCUGACUCCAUCACUAACAACAUACAUACAGGUAACUACAGCAACCAUUCUGACGCCAUCACUAACAACAUACAUACAGGUAACUACAGCAACCAUGCUGACUCCAUCACUAACAACAUACAUACAGGUAACUACAGCAACCACGCUGACUCCAUCACUAACAACAUACAUACAGGUAACUACAGCAACCACGCUGACUCCAUCACUAACAACAUACAUACAGGUAACUACAGCAACCAUGCUGACUCCAUCACUAACAACAUACAUACAGGUAACUACAGCAACCAUUCUGACUCCAUCACUAACAUACAUACAGGUAACUACAGCAACCGUGCUGACUCCAUCACUAACAACAUACAGGUAACUACAGCAACCAUUCUGACUCCAUCACUAACAACAUACAGGUAACUACAGCAACCAUGCUGACUCCUUCACUAACAACAUACAGGUAACUACAGCAACCAUUCUGACUCCAUCACUAACAACAUACAGGUAACUACAGCAACCAUUCUGACUCCAUCACUAACAACAUACAGGUAACUACAGCAACCAUGCUGACUCCUUCACUAACAACAUACAGGUAACUACAGCAACCAUUCUGACUCCAUCACUAACAACAUACAGGUAACUACAGCAACCAUGCUGACUCCAUCACUAACAACAUACAGGUAACUACAGCAACCAUGCUGACUCCAUCACUAACAACAUAUAGGUAACUACAGCAACCAUGCUUUCU